CUUUUCUUCAUGGUGGCCACCACAGUUAACCACCUAAAUUUUGACGUGUAAUUAAAGACAGCGCCAUCUUACGGAAACAGUGUGUGUUGAAACGUGUAAAUAAACAAGCCGUGCAAUUCUUGUCAAAAAAAUAUUUGAAACAAACUACCGCAACUGUCGUUUACAGUUAUAAAAUUUCAUUCGAAAUCGCGAAAUUCAAAGUCGUGAGUAUGUGUGAAAGUUUUUUCUUUGCUGGUAAGCAAAUACAAUAUUUUGUCGUUUAUUUUUGCGCAAAAUACGUAUUAUAUUACUGUUAGUAUAGAAUCAAACUGAAAUUCGCUAAAAUUUUUACAAUAAGUGUACUUAUUCAAAGUGGUUAGCAGCGGUAACCACCGUUCGGUAAGUAGCUAAAUUUUACGCGAAUUUUUGGUGAAGUGCAAGAUAGAACUAAAAUGUGUGUUUUUUAGAGGAAAUGGCCAAGAAAAAUUUAUCGGAUAAGGAAAUUGAAAACCUAUUGAUGUAUGAAGAAAUACCUUCAGAUACUGAUAGCUUUGCGGGUGGUGAUGGAUCUGAUAGAGAUCAAUCUAAAAUCGAAGAAAUCCCUCAAGGUGAGCAACAGUUAUUACUAGGUGAGGAUCUUUUUCCAUCGGAUGAGGAGUUUGACUCUGAGGACGAAGUUCCAUUAUCCCAGCUGCUUGGACGUAUUCAACCCGCUACCCAAGCUGUUCCGCUACUGGCCCAAACCGUGCGGCCUCCAAAAUGGAAGAAAGCUUAUACAAUUUUAGCUCCUGAUAACUUUACAACUGCAAGCAAUUUGCCGGACGAAACAACUAGUCUAGCUGCAAGCCAACAGAUGACCCCCCUGAAAAUUUUAAAUUUGCUUUGGACGGAUGACAUUAUGCAACACGUAACAUUUCACACAAAUCUAUAUGCGGAACAAAAAGGAGGUACUUAUAAACCAGUUGCUGCAGAUGAGAUGCCGGUUUUUAUUGCUCUGAACUUAGUAAUGGGCGUGAAAAAAAGUCCAAGCUAUAGAGACUACUGGUCAUCCUCACCUGAUUUGCGUGACGAAUACAUAUCACAUUUUAUGUCACUCAGCCGUUUUUCAUGGAUUCUUGGAAAUUUACAUCUAAAUGACAAUAAUCUGUUGCCUUCACGAAACAAUCCCGAUUACGAUAAGUUGUAUAAGAUACGUCCUUUCACAGAAAUGCUACGAGAAUCUUACAAGAAAAAUUACAAUCACACAGAAAAAAUUGCUAUUGACGAAUCAAUGAUAAAAUUUAAAGGUAGAAGCUGUUUGAAGCAGUAUAUGCCGAAAAAGCCAAUAAAAAGGGGUUACAAGGUGUGGACGAAGUGUGCUUCUUCUGGCUAUUGUUUAGAUUUCGAUAUAUAUUCAGGAAAAGUCGGAAAUAAAGUGGAGACUAAUUUAGGAGGCAAUGUUGUCAGAAAAUUCUGUGAGGGAUUGGCAGAUAAAAACCAUAAGGUGUACUUUGACAAUUAUUUUAACAGCUACGAACUGCAAGUCGAUUUACGUCAGAAAAACAUAUAUGCAUGUGGAACAGUAAAUGAAUCUCGUAAACAUCUUCCUACUUUGAAAUCUGACAAGCAAUUGAAGCGCGGGGAAUACGAUUAUCGAGUUAGUGACAAUCAGAUGGCUUCCUUCAUGAAAUGGAAAGAUAAACGCUGUGUUUUGAUUUUGACUAAUUUUCAUGAUCCCAGAAAUGAGGUUCAUGUGAGAAGAACAGAAAAAACUGGAGAAAGAGUCGAAGUGCCAUGCCCUCUAGCCUUGAAAGACUAUAAUGAAAAUAUGAAUUUCGUGGAUAAAUUCGACCAGUUGAAAGGUAGCUAUGCGAUUGACCGCAAAUCAAAAAAAUGGUGGCACCGCAUAUUCUUUCAUUUUAUAGAUUGCACAGUGGUAAAUGCUUUUAUAAUCUAUAAUUGUGUCUCAAGAACUUUAGACGACAUGUUUAUCAGGAUAUGCUGGCACCUGCUUAUAUAAACAAUAAGAGAAAAUUGUCGCGGACUUCUAGCAAUUCUGCUUCACCUACUUGCUCUUACGUCAAGAAGCACAAACCUGAAGUACCUGGAGCAAUAAGGCUUGCUAUGGGUAACCAUCAGCCUAUAAGAGGCACUUCAAGACGCUGCAGUGUAUGUAGCACGAAGAACAUGCCUGUGCGUACUGUAUGGAGCUGCAAAAUAUGCAAGGUACCUCUUUGCUACCGGGAAUGAAAAGAGUGUUUUAAUUAUACCAAUGAACAU